GCACUAACGAAUUAAGUUGCUCCUGUGAGACUGUGAUAUCAUAUUUCCCCCAGGAGAUAACGCACGAUUACCAUGGAGAUCACGACGUCCACGACGAUGCUGAAGCCGGUCUACUCCACCCCGCACCCGCUCGCCGGCGAGAAGGUCCCGCUGACCGUCUUCGACCGCGCCGCCUUGGACAUCUUCGUCCCCACCGUGCGCGCCUACGCCGCGCCGGCGCCGUCCAACGAGGCGAUCAAGGAUGGCCUCCUCAGGGCCGUCGCACCGUACCCUCACCUGGCGGGUCGGCUCGCCGUCGACGACCAGGGCCGCCGGUUCCUCCACGUCAACAACGAGGGCGUGCUUGUGGUAGAGGCGACAGUGGAAACCGACCUGGCCGACGUGCUCGCCGACGGCAUAGCCGCAAAAAUCGACGAGCUUUACCCGCCGCUCCCAGAGGAGAACGUCGGGGCGGCACUGCUGCAUGUCAAGCUCAACCGCUACAAGUGUGGCGGCGUCGUGAUCGGCACCAUCGCCCACCACCACGUCGCCGACGGCCACUCCUUGAGCAUCUUCUUCACGACGUGGGCGAGCGCGGUGCGCGAGGGCAAGGACUUCACCAUCCCAUCGGCGCCCUUCCUCGACCGCGCGGCAACUGCCGUGCCUCGCAGCACUCCAACGCCGAAGUUCGACCACUGGUCCAUCGAGUUCAAGAAGGGAGGGGAUGACGACCAUAGCUCCAAGUUCCACGCCGUGGUCCCUAUGGACAAGAUCAAGGACCUCACCGUGCAUUUCACGGCCGAGUUCAUCGCCGAGCUCAAAGCACGCGUGGGCGUCCGGUGCAGCACGUUCCAGUGCCUCCUCGCGCACGUGUGGAAGAAGAUCACGGCGGCGCGGGACCUCGAGCCGGAGGCCUUCACGGAGGUGAGGGUGGCGGUGAACUGCAGGGGACGGGCCAACCCUCCGGUGCCAAUGGACUUCUUCGGAAACAUGGUUCUAUGGGCGUUCCCGAGGCUUCAGGUCAGGGACCUCCUGAACUCAAGCUACGGUAGCGUGGUCGGCGCGAUCCGCGACGCCGUGUCGCGCAUCGACGGCGAGUACAUCCAGUCCUUCGUGGACUUCGGAGCGGUGUUGGACAUGAGCGGGGAGGAGCUCACCGCGACGGCGGCGGCGACCGGCACGAUGCUGUGCCCGGACCUGGAGGUGGACAGCUGGCUGGGGUUCCAAUUCCACCAGAUGGACCUCGGCACUGGGCCGCCGUGCGCGUUCCUGACUCCGGACCUGCCCAUCGAGGGGCUGAUGAUCUUCGUGCCGUCGCGCACGGCGAAGGGCGGCGUAGACCUGUUCGUGGCCGUCGCGGAGGACCACGUCGACGCGUUCGAGCAAAUCUGCUACUCUCUUGGUUGAUCGAUCGAACGGCUGAUCGUAUGCACGAUCUGGAUUCGCUUGCAUGGAUUAUUCAUGCAUGCAUGGUUGGUUACCAAUUGUGUACGUACACAAAGUCACAAACAGUGUGGCCAGGUUCAGUCAAUUAUAUACCGUCAAAAGAGUUCCAGCUGUGAUGUUGGUAGCCGCUAUCGAAAAGCAACGUGUUCAUAAAAAGAGAGACAUAUAUGAAUAAAAAGGCAAUCACAACUAA